AAACCCUUCUUCUUCCCCCCUUCAACCCGUUUGACCCGUUUUUCAGAGAGAGAGAGAGAGAGAGAGAGAGAGAUGAAGACAAUAUCAGGGAAAAUCUCGUCAACAAAGGCAGUUUCACUCUCUAAAGCGGCAAAGAUACUAUCCAACUUCGUAGUUUCAGAGCACGAAGCUACUCCAGCCGUCACCGCUUAUUUGAAGCGUACUUCCGCGGCAUUCAACGAAUUGGUUGACGUACACAAGGAUCUGAAAUCGGAUCGCAAGAGGAAACGCCAUUCCCGUUCGACUACAGAGGAAGUAGAGACAGAUCAUAAUAAUGAAGUCAAUCAAGCGGCGGCGGCAGUGGUGAGCGAGAAUAGUUCGAAAAAGAAGCAUAAGGAGAAGAAGGAGAAGAAAAGAAAAGACGUUAAUUGAAGAAGAUGAGGAAAUUUGAUUGAUUCAUACUAUAACUAAGAUAAGAAUCUUCUCUUCUCUUCAUUCAAUUUCAUAUCUUAUUUACUGCUUCAGAAAUUAGGGUUUAUGAUCAAUUUUGUGUUUUUUUUUUCCUAUUGGAAUUUUUAAUUUUAUGAAUUUAUUAUGUUGUAUUUUGCACUUUA